CGAGUACCCCAAGAAUCGCUUGGUCUACAUGAGAACCAACAAUCUGUGGAAACUGGAGUCUUCCUGGACCACACGACAGAAUACCAAGUCGAGAACGCAAACUUCUUGUUGUCUGUUAGUACAUGAAGGAUCAUAAAUGAGAGCAAGGACCAAGAUGUUCUUGGCUCAGUUUUUUGCUGAUUCUUGCUGUGCAAUCAGCUCUACCUGCUGUCUUUGGAGCUGAUACAUACAGUCGAUACGACUUCCCACCCGGAUUCGUCUUUGGUUCGGGCACAUCCGCUUACCAGAUUGAAGGGGCAGCAAAUGAAGAUGGAAGGACGCCCAGUGUCUGGGACACCUUCGCCCAUGCAGGUUUUAUGAAUGGAGCAACCGGAGAUGUAGCUUGUGACGGGUAUCACAAAUACAAGGAAGAUGUUCAACUCAUGGCGGAGACAGGCCUAGAUGCCUACAGGUUCUCAAUUUCAUGGUCAAGACUCAUUCCACAUGGCCGAGGACCGGUGAAUCCAAAGGGUUUACGGUAUUACAAUAACCUCAUUAACGAACUUAUUAAGAGCGGUAUCCAACCGCACAUCACUUUAUACCAUUUUGACUUGCCACAAGAGCUUGAGGAUGAGUAUGGAGGCUGGGUUAGUCGUAAAAUCAUAGAAGAUUUCACAGCUUAUGCAGAUGUAUGCUUCAGGGAGUUUGGCGACCGUGUUCAGUAUUGGUCUACUGUGAACGAGCCUAACAUUUUUGCUAUUGGAGGAUACGACCAAGGGAUUGCCCCGCCUAGACGGUGCUCUCCUCCGUUUGCAUUCAACUGCACCAAAGGCAACUCCUCAACGGAGCCGUAUCUUGCAGUUCAUAACAUCUUGUUAGCGCAUGCAUUGGUAGCAAAACUAUAUAGAGAGAAAUAUAAGGUAUGCCGAUUAGUUACAGAAAUGUCUUGUGCCAGUUUUCCUGCUUCAUAUGUUUUUGUGGCCUCUUCGAUUCUUCGGGGCCAAUAUGUCCUUCCUUUUGAUAUGAUAAAACGAAAAGAAAGCAUAUUAUCUGGCUUUGGUGCAUUGACAUUGGUGUUGCAGCUGAAGCAGCAGGGUUUUAUAGGUCUCAGCGUGUAUGUUUUUGGGAUUUAUCCUUUCACAAACUCGACAGAGGACCUUACUGCUGUGCAGCGAGCCAGUGAUUUCUUCAUCGGCUGGUUGGUGCAUCCUCUGAUAUAUGGAGAUUACCCAAGAGCGAUGAAGCAAAACGUGGGGUCUAGACUUCCGGCCUUCACUCCUCUCGAAUUGAAACAAGUGAAGGGUUCGGCCGACUUCCUGGGAUUGAUAUAUUACACCUCCAUUACCAUCAAAGAUAAGUCCAGCAGCCUGGAGGAAGAACCCAGAGACUUCAACCGAGACAUGGGUGUCGAAUUUAUCACUAAUGUAAACGCUUCCCAGAUUUUCGAGGAGCCGAUCAUGCCGGAGGGUCUUCAGCAAGUGCUUGAGUACUUCAAGCAAGUCUAUGGCAACCCUCCUCUCCUCAUAUAUGAAAAUGGGAGGCAGACUCGGCGGAACACGACUUUGCGAGACACAGAACGGAUUAGCUACAUUCACGCUCAUAUCGGAGCGGUGCUCGACUCGGUGAGGAAUGGGUCGAACACCAUAGGCUACUUCACCUGGUCCUUCCUAGACGUGCUCGAGCUAUUGGCCGGCUUCGAGUCGAGUUUCGGCCACUACUACGUCGAUCUGGGCGACCCAGAUUUGAAGCGUUACCCGAAGCUGUCAGCGGACUGGUAUGCCCAGUUCUUGAAGGGGAAAAGCGUCGGUCCCGAACCUGGUGCUCUCAUUGAAAUCGGAAGCAACCUAUCUGCAGCCGACAGCAAGUGAAAGCAAAAGCUAGUCAGUAGUCUCAGCUCAGGGAGCUUCGUGUUAUCCCGUCACCCGCAUGCCGGACAGACUCGUUAUCAAUAUUAUGUUUGAUUGAACUUCUUCGCCUUAGUUAGAUUGGCGAUGUAUGGAUAUGUUCAAUAAUCGAUAUAUUUGAAGCAAAGUUUUGAGA